AUGGAUGGAAAUGCCCCAGUCCCGGAGGUCUCUGAACUGAAUACACGGCCGGGAAUAGUUGCAUCUGCGUCAUAUGACUCUCCCCAGAGACACAGACGGCGAGAUCCUAGAGCAAAGCGUCCAGUGAAGGAAACACUGGAUGCCCGCUCUGAAUACUAUACCAGUCAAGAUGACGGUACUGCAGAGCAUCGUAUUAACCAAUAUGUGAUCAAGCAAGAGAUCGGGCGAGGCUCCUUCGGCGCCGUCCAUUUGGCAGCAGACCGGGCUGGUAAUGAAUAUGCUGUCAAAGAGUUCUCCAAGUCGAGGCUCAGGAAGCGUGCACAGUCGCAUCUACUGCGACGACCCAGGGGACCAAGACGACCCGGUACGGACUUCAACUCGCCUUUGCACCGUCAUCCUUCAGGGGACGAUACUGAAAAUGGUAAGAAUCCGUUGUAUCUGAUCAAAGAGGAGAUUGCCAUCAUGAAGAAAUUGAAUCACCAUAACCUGGUGUCGCUGAUCGAGGUCCUGGACGACCCGUCGGAAGACUCUCUCUAUAUGGUCAUGGAAAUGUGCAAGAAAGGCGUGAUCAUGAAGGUUGGAUUGGAAGAAAGGGCAGAUCCAUACGAUAACGAGCAUUGUCGGUGUUGGUUCCGCGAUUUGAUCCUGGGCAUUGAGUACCUGCAUGCACAGGGCAUCGUCCAUCGUGAUAUCAAACCGGAUAACUGUUUGGUCACUAAUGACGAUGUGCUCAAGGUGGUUGACUUUGGUGUGUCGGAGAUGUUCGAAAAGAAUUCGGACAUGUUUACUGCCAAGUCGGCUGGAUCACCAGCGUUUCUUCCACCAGAGUUAUGCGUCGUCAAACAUGGUGAUGUCUCAGGAAAGGCAACGGACAUUUGGUCUAUGGGAGUGACUCUAUAUUGUCUUCGAUAUGGAAAGCUACCAUUUGAGAAGCACAACAUUUUCGAGCUGUACGAUAGUAUCAGGGGUGACCAUCUUGUUUGUGAGAACGAGGAGGAUCAAUCGUUCAAAGAUUUGAUGGAACGGAUCUUGGAGAAAGAUCCAGAGAAGCGGAUCGACAUGUUUGGGUUGCGAGACCAUCCUUGGGUAACGAAAGAUGGAACUGAUCCUUUGCUGUCAUUUGAGGAUAACACAUCGCAAAUCAUUGCACCGCCAACGGAGGAAGAGAUGGAAAGUGCCAUUACAACCACAAUGGGUCAUCUUAUGACGAUGAAAGCCGUCAAGAAGUUCAAACGAUUGACGGAUCCGACGAAAACAAGCGCACCCCAGACUCCGAUGCAGAGUAUUCUCGGCGGUGACGAGUCCUACUUCGUCGAGCCCCCGAUGGAAAUGGACCCGGACGAGCCUUUUCCUGCAGUCGGUGAACCAGGUCUUGGUCUUGGAGCAGGCGUUCGAAAAGCCUUCAGACACCCAUUCGCUGGUUUCCGCGAACCUCAACCAGGAUCAAGCCACUCAACCAGCUUUUCAUCACGGCAAAGCACAAGCAGCCAACGACCCGACAUUGUUGAGACACGAUCAGGCCAUGCAUCCCCGGCUCUAUCACGCACCAAUUCCGCGGCAAAACGCAGCAUGGAAGGAACGAGGGGCCAUGCUCGUGAUCCCUUAGAGGAGGAAUUCCCGUUCCUCUUCAUUGGGCCAUCCACAUAUACGGGCUCACACGAAGUAAGGGACGAGCCCGCUCAGGUAUUCGCAGAGCCGGAUGCCCUCGAUCAAGAACAAGAGCUAGAGGAAGAGCCUGAGCCUAUGGUGAGUGAAUCACCUGGCGCAGCGGAAUUCGACAUCUACGAGACGGCGUAUCGCUCGGAACUGGAGCGCAUCAAGCAGGGCCUGGAAGAUAAGAACACCGGUCCCAAGGUAUAUCUGAAUCGACGCGUGGAGAACAAAGAUGAGGUCAUGAGACUGGCCAAGGAAAAGGCCUUGGAUCUGCAAAUUGGCCAGAAGUUUGCGUUGGCUUCUAGGAGGGCGGGAUCUGCUCUUGGAUCUGCUGUCAAUGCCUUCCGCUCCAUGCCAAAGAGGCAGGCAGAUCAAGAAGAUACGGAGGAGGGGUUAGACAACCCCGAGCCUAAACGCCCUUCUGUUUCUGGAGCUGAGCCUCGGCCUCAACCGCUUGAGGCAGAGGGUGUUUUCUCCACCGGGGAGGAUUCAAAGGGUCACCUGCGGGAGAUCCUUGACGCGAAUAAGUAG